AUGGACGAUAACGCUGACAAAACAACCCCCAAGACUCUCAAGUCAGAAGGACCAGAAAAUUCAACAAAUAGCAACACAGAUGGGUCAGGGAAAUAUGAACCAAGUCCAGAGGAUUUGGAAAAGGUGAAGGAUUUAGAGGACCAAAUAUCGCAAAUUAUAAAUGCAGGGAUUCAGGAUACGAGUAUAUUAAGGAAUCCCGAGCAGUGUACAGCAGUAUGGGAGUAUGUGCAACAACACUCUGAAGGGCAGACGGACGAACUUGAUGAUUUUGGUGUGGAUGCACGAUUAAAGAGCAUUGUUAGAGCAUUUGGUGAGGGAUCAACUUUAACCCUAACUGAUCUAGUUCCUCGUUUAAAUGAAGCCAUUAGAAAACAUUCUAAUUGUGCUGUAAUAGACAACCAACUGAUGAAACUUGUCCCGAUUUUCCUAAUCAGAAAGAACCUUGGAGACCCUCACAUGAACAGUUCUGGAAUUACUCGCUCUGAAUGUAAGCGUCCAGAGUGCCUUUGGGUUUGGGAAUCUCCUACCCAGGAUGUAUUCUCUCUACAGCUCCUCGAGAGUGUAAGAUCUGCCAGAGAGACAAGAAACAUGAUUUCCAGACGGUACAAAGCACUGUUAAAGCUAAAAAACUCAAUACUUUCUGGAAAUACUCAGGGCCAACAGGCAGCUACAGAAACUUUAAACACAAUUGACCGUAAAAUGCUCUUGGAUAAGGAAAAGAAAGAGAGAGCAGAGGCCAAAAAGAAAUCAGCCGAAGUGAAAAGGGAAGGUAAACCCGAGAAGCGAGAACGACGCGAAAAAGAGAAUGUGGAGAAGGCGAAAAAGAGUGCAACAGCCAACAUGCUAUUGAGUUGGUUAAAGGUCCCUGGAGAAUCGAAGGAUGGUGUUCCAUCUAGAUCAUCAGGUACCAUUAGCGUGGAUGGUACGGAUCAGGAGAAGGAGGAAUUGAAGAAGAUUGUGGAUUCACUCGACUGUGCUGAGAGUGAAUUCUCAACUCUGUGCGAACAUCAUAGAAAUGUGUGGAUGCGUUACUUUACCUACAUGGCUUCCCGCCGCAGAUUUUAUAUCGAAUACCCAAAUGAAACAAAGAAUAUCGUAACGGAUGUGCCAGCGAACAUAGAGCAAACAAGUUAUGGUUGUACCUCGCUCAAACAAGAACGUCAUGCACGUACAUUUCACAUGUUUGAUACCGAGUGGAAGAGACCACCAAUGAGACUUGCAAUUUGUAAACGUUCAUCGGUUGUGACUUCAAAAACACCACUAGAAAUUGAGUCUGCGCUGGACUAUGGUUGUGAUAGUGAUGAUGAAUGGUUUGAAAAGUAUGAUGUGGAUGUUAUCGGUGAUGAGGAAGAAGAGGAGGAAGAAAGUGAGGAAGAAGAAGCUGACGAAUGGAUCGUGCAAGAUAAUCCACAAGAACGUGAAUUCGGUACAGGGGUAUUUGAUGGUGCUUCUGAAUCUGUAAAGGUAUAUUGUAUGUAUAACAACUGGCACUGGAUAGUUGAUGGAAAUCCGCUCCAAUCGCAAGAAGUCUCUAGUAAGAAAGUAGCCUCGGAAAAUGGUAUGAAUAUUAUGCCAUCAGAAUUUGGCUUUGGGUUUGAGGGAUAUACUAGAAAUCCUGUUCUAGAUCUUGGGACAAUGAAGGGAAACAAGAUAACAUUGAGCAGGCAAGAUGUAGAAGAGCUUCUCAAGUUUUGCCAUGGCAAACAUACUAGCAAAGAGCUACUUAUUUCUGAUUUUAAGGAGUUAAAACCGUUUGCGUCGCUGGCUGAGAUAAAGGCAAAGUUUAAAAAAUAUAUGCACAGGGUAAAAAUUGAUGAUACUCCACAUAGAUGGCUUGUUACCCCUGAAGCCACAAAACUGUUUGGAAUUCGCAAGCAUCUGGAUAAAAUUCUUACAGAGCAGCUUGAUAGGGAUUACAUGCAAGUUUUUUGAAUGGUUCUUGUAGGGAAAUUGUCGGUUGUUGAUAGACGCAAGAAUGUUUAUACAAUGCCACACAUAAUAUGUAUAGGAUU